AUGACAGAACACGAUGGAAUCGCAAGAGUCGAAAUCAAUGAGACCAUAAAAAACAUAUCAAUGGAAAUUGACGGCUCCAAAACAAACAGUUUGAGUGUGGACAGAACGAGCACAUUUUCCUCAAAAUUAUUAGAAGUGGUACCGUCAAAACGGGAGUUGAAGCAAUAUUUUGCUGUUAUCUUAUGCGGCUUCACCCUUUGGUGCACUUCGUGGUUUGUUCUUCAAGAUGCAGUAUUACCAGGGACUGCCAUAUUUAAUAUGGCUGGCAUCGUUGUAGCUGGAUAUGUGUUUGGUCAUGUAUUGGAGCGGUACACCACAAUCAGUGCAAUGGCGGGAAUGACUCUAGUAGGAGCUUUGUAUCGAAGCUUCGGCCAAACAAAUAUAUUAGAGGAUCCUGUUGCAGACAAUAUUGAUUACCAUUUACGACGCAUAUAUCCAGUCCUCAUCCUAACUAAAGGGCCACUUAGUUGGAACUGGCCAUACAUAAAGAAUAAUUCUGUAAAAGUUUUUCUCUUGGCAACACUGCCCUGGAUAGUAGAGUGUUUGUCUACGGCUAUCUUUACUCACGUACUUCUCGAAUAUCCUUGGUAUUGGGGAUUGCAUCUCGGUUCAAUUUUAUCGUCAGUAUCCCCAGCUGUUGUCGUGCCGACUGUUAUGGCGUUAAAUUCCAAAGGUUUUGGCAGAAGAAAUAAGAUCGCUUUACUAGUUGCGAACGCCGGUGGUUUGGAUACCACUUUCACAGAAGGCAUGUUUGGCGUGAUCAAUAGUGCCAUAUUUUACCCGGCUCCGCCAGCGUACCGAGUAAUAAAGGCGGUUCUAGCUAUUUUUGUGGGUAUCGGAUUAGGAGUGGCCUGGGGUGUAGUUUCAGACACUUUACCGAACCAUACUGAUCCCUACGUUGCAACUCUACGCAGCCUGUUAAUUUUUUCUGGAGGAAUUUUCCUUACUUACGCCAGCGGAUACCUUGGAUGGGGUGGAACUUCCGGAGUAGCGGUCAUGGUCUGCGCGGUAACUGCCGCGACACGCUGGUCGCGACGUGACUGGCCUAUCAACAGCAACCCUGUUGCCACAGUGUACAAAGUCCUGUGGCUGAUAUUUGAACCAAUGCUUUUUACUUUGAGCGGAUAUUUUCUAGAGGUGUCACAGAUGACCCUGAAAGAACUUGGACUUAUAGUCGCGUGUUUAUUUUUGGCACUGCUGCUGAGACUACUAACAGCAUUCCUGAUAGCUAUUGCAAAUAGGCUUUCGAUUAAAGAAAGCCUUUUCGUAGCUGUGACCUGGAUUCCUAAAGCUAUAGUAGAGGCGGUGCUUGUGCGAGCGGCUACCGACUCUUUAUGGAAGGAUGGGACCUCGGAACAAGAUAAGAAAAUUGCUGCACAGCAUGCCAACAUUAUCGUGAUUGCUAUUUUGCUUAUGACGACAUUGGGUUCCGGUCUUACGACGAUUUUAGGACCAAUUUUAUUAUCACAAGAUUCUAAAAUAAGGGACAGUGAUUUUCAUAACUCUGCAAGCAUACCUCCACUUCAUUCUUACGAUUUCAAAAUAAUAAAUAUGUUUACCGAAGCAACAAUUUCUUCAAGAGCAAUAUGUUACGAGACGGAAUCUAACUCGUUUAACGCAAUUCAAGGUGCAGAAAUGAAACUUGACAAACGCAUCUACGACAAACAUCAUAAAAAGGAAGCGAAAACCGCGUGUUCCUCUAUUAUAAUAAAUCAAAGUCUAAUGGAGGAACACUACAGAUUAUUAGUCGGAAGAGCAAGUAAGAGGAAAACGUACGACAUUAUGCAGUCCACUUCAUUACCCGAAUCUUCGGAAAACGUAACAAGUGACAAAGUUAUCCCGCAAAAUAUUCUUGUAAAAGAAAAAUCAUGGUGGACAGCUAUCAAAUUAGACUUUGUACAUUAUUUAACUCUAGUUGUUAUUGGUAUUUUAACAUGGGGUUUGCUAUGGUCUGCUUUUGGUAAUAACUGGAGAUGGGAUGGUCCGUGGUUCCGAAUCGCGGCGGUAGCUGUGGUGGCUUGGGGUUCUGGUCUUCUCUUCCAAGAACUAACGACUUUACCACCCCUCCUAGCUGCGCUGCUAACCGGUAUUUUUGCCCGGCAUUUUGGGAUCCUUGAUAUGCGACACCAUAUAAAUAUCGAUGCAUUUUUAAGAAAAAUUUACCCAGUCAUUAUCCUGGGUAAGGCAUCAUUAGCAUGGGACAUCAAUUACAUGAAAAGCAAUUGGAGACAAGUGGUAGCGUUAGGCACCGUACCAUGGGCAGUGGAAGUGACCACAACAGCAAUAUGCUCCCACUAUUUUCUUGACUUCCCUUGGUUGUGGGGUUUCAUGCUGGGCUCGAUCUACGCUUCGGUGUCAUGCGCAGUUAUAAUGCCCCCUGUGCAAAGGCACACCAAAGAUGCGGACAGAACACAGAACUGGCCGCAACUAAUCUGCACCGCCGGUGGCACGGAUACGGCGCUCAGCGUGGGGGUUUACGGCCUCAUUCACAGCUUCAUGUUCACAGACGCCAUCGACCUGUAUCGUUAUAUCAAAGCCGGGCUGACUUUAUUCGCGGGAGCGGGUCUAGGCGUCAUCUGGGGCAGCCUGGCGAAGCUCUUCCCACACUCGGCCGACAGCUACGUUACCGAGUUGCGAAUUUUGUUCGUACUCGUAGGCGGUCUCUUGGCCAACUUUUUUACGUCUGCAGUAGGCUGGGGCGGUACUGGAGGAGUCGCAGUGCUGGCAUGCAAUGCAACGGCUGCAAAGUACUGGUCGGAAAAAGGUUGGAAAUUAAAUCAGAACCCGGCGUCCACAGCAUAUCGUGUGUUGUGGUCUGCAUGUGAACCAAUGUUGUUCGCGUACACCGGUACCUUCUUCGUGAUUCAUACUACGCUAUCAGACACGAUGAUUAAAGGAUUUGGAAUACUCGUUAUAACUCUGACAACGAGACUAUUAACCACCGCUCUAGUGUGUUGGAACCUUUCGAUGAAAGAAAAACUAUUCAUAUGUUGCACUUGGAUACCCAAAUCUAUCGUUGAGGCAGUUCUUAGUCCUUUAGCAAUCGAUACUUUGCUAAUGAAAAAUGCCGGUGAGGACCAUGAAAUGAGGCAAGCUGAAGAUAUAAUGAGGCUUCUUGUACAAGCUAUAUUAAUAACUACGCCAAUCGGAUUUCUUCUAACAAAACACUUGGGUCCUUUUCUUUUAUGUAAGCAAAGAAAAGGUAACAAAACCGAUUUAGAAUCACAUAAAAGUCCA